UCAAAAUUUGUACUUUAACCUCAAUAUUGAAUAAUUUGUUCAAGUUCAAAUUAACAAUUUUAUUGUCAAAUUAUUAUGAUACUCAGAUAUUGAACGCUGACACGUUUACUUAGAUUAUAAUUCUGAAGGCACAAUAUGAUAACCUCUAGGGAAAAUUUAAUUGAAAUCGCAGUGAGAGUGGUACUGAUGAUUUUAUUCAGAUACUACGAUAAGGCGACACCUUUUAUAAGACAAAUUCAACCUGAAGAGUUGUGGUUAUAUAAUUAUCCAGUUACAGCAAGCUAUGUCCCAUCACCUGUGUUAUGGUGCAUAUGCAUUGGAUUUCCAACGAUCUGUUUCGCAAUGUUUUUCAUUCUAGACCCAUCUAGUAGAAAGGAAUGCAAAUCAGCUAUAUCAGGAUUAACCUUAGCCUUUUCAUUAAACGCUUUCCUCACUGCGUACAUCAAAAUACUUGUAGGUAGACCAAGACCAGAUUUUAUAGAAAGAUGUUUUCCUUCAGUAAAAGGAACGGAUUUCACCAAAUGCACGGGGCGCUUAGACCACGUUUAUGACGGGAGGAGAAGUUUUCCCAGCGGUCAUUCAUCCUUUUCAUUUGUAGUUAUGGUUUUUAUGUCCUUGUUCUCUGCUAGAAGACUAGAGAUUUGGACAACUCAGAGAAUGAGGGGGUUGAAACUCAUUUUUUGUACAUUGCCACUGUUAUUAGCUACGACUAUAGCAAUCAGCAGAACAUGUGAUUAUCAUCAUCAUUAUCAAGAUAUCAUUGUGGGCAGUGUUAUGGGCUCGGUAAUAGCAUAUGUUACAUUCCAAUUGUACCUGAAAAGAGGGGGAUCCAAUUCUGUUAUGGUAAAGUCGAAGACUAGUUCUACAAAGGAACCAGGAGAUUGUUCUUCAUUUAAUAAGUUAUGAAAACCACAAUUUCGUUAAUAAUUCACGUAGAACAUUGUAGGAAUAUUAUUGUUUACUGUAUGAAGAAGGCGGUCCUUCUUUCCCGAAUUCCGAUACCGAAUAGAUCGCAGGAAAUGAUAGUCGAAUUGUUGAAAAAUAUAUAUUGGUACAAAAUGAAAGGUCAAAUAUUUACAAAUAAAAAAAAUCACAAUCAUA